CUAAGGUGACUGCAACGAACGUUUUCUCUUACCCUCACAAAAUUCCCAACCUAAGUUCUGCAAAAUCACGUCUUGUCUCCAUAUUAGUGGUGCAGACUUCAUUCUUCUGCUGAUUGAUUUUUCUGGUUAGGGGUUUUCAAUUUCUUCAGGGAUGCUGGCCAAAUUAGUAGCUUCUCCUGUGCUGACUUUGGAAUAUGCAACACGCUGUUCUUUAUCAAUUGUAACACCAAAAGUUCAACCCAACAUUAUCAAAGGAAAUACAUGGGUCUCUGUCUGUGUAUCAAGGAAGAAGUGGGAAUUACAUUCAGCUGCACAAACCCAGAUUGUAAUUUCAGGCGACGAAGACAAAGCAAUGUGGGAAUCAUGCAAACAAGCUCUAUCUGCAUUUAAUUUCAACGAUGAAGAAGAAGAAAAAAUAUUAGGAAAAGCAUUUGGUCAGUUACAUUCACCUUACUGGGGUGAAGAAAGAACAAAAGAAGUUCCAAAACUUGAGACUGUAAACGGCAUAUUGGAUUAUUUAAAAAGUUUAGGGCUUGCAGAUGAAGAUCUUUAUAAGUUACUCAAGAAGUUUCCUGAGGUUCUUGGAUGUAAUCUUGAGACUGAGCUGAAAAAUAACGUACAAAUAUUAGAGAAAGUUUGGGCAAUUAAAGGGAAAACUCUUCGAAGCCUUCUACUACGCAAUCCGAAGGUGUUGGGUUAUACUAUUGACUGUAAAGGAGACUGUGCGGCUUUAUGUACCCGAUGUUGGGUUCGCUUUUAGCCUGUCUAUGUUUUUAUCUUGUAUCUGUAUAGGUGUAUUGUUGUAUUUGUAAAAUGAUGUAUAAGAAAAAGUGCAGUUUCAUUGAUACAUAUUCAUUUGAGAAAAUAAAAUGAAAUAAUAUUACACCAACUAUUGUAUUUCUUCA